GCUAGGUGCCACUAAAUCCUAUACACUGGGUCUUGAAAUUACACUCGUGUUUUGUUCAUGGAUGUAUUAUGAGCGCUCUUAUAAUGCAUCCAUCGUUUUGUUGUACCUCUAACCGGAAGUAGCGUGUCCUCACUCUGUGUGACUUGACACUGACCACUGAAGGAAAACGGAGCAGAAGAGCGAAACAUGGCGACUUCGAACAAUCCGCGGAAAUUCAGCGAGAAAAUCGCUUUACAUAACCAAAAGCAGGCGGAGGAGACGGCGGCAUUUGAAGAAGUGAUGAAAGACCUCAGCAUUACCCGGGCAGCGAGGUUACAGUUGCAGAAGACUCAGUAUUUGCAGCUGGGACAGAACCGUGGCCAGUACUAUGGAGGAUCUUUGCCAAACGUCAAUCAGAUUGGAAACAGCACUGUUGAUGUGUCUUUUCAGAAUUCAGGAUUGGACACCAACAGAUCGACGCGACACCACGGGUUGGUGGACAGGGUCUACCGAGACCGGAACCGCAUCACAUCACCCCACCGAAAGCCCCUGUCUAUUGACAAACAUGGGCGCCAGAUUGACAGCUGUCCAUAUGGCUCAGUAUAUCUGUCACCGCCACCUGAUACCAGCUGGAGGAGGACAAACUCUGACUCAGCACUGCACCAGAGCACACUAACUCCUCCCCAGCAGGCCUCCUUCACUGGAGGAUCACAGGAGCUCCAGCCAAAACGAGUUCUCCUGCUAACUGUACCAGGAUCUGAAGCAAUUAAACAGGACGUUGAUGAAGAUGGGCAAGAACAGAACUGGGACUGCAAAAAGAACAUUUCAAGGUCCAAGCCCUGCAAAGUUCCAGGAAUCCACAUAUUCCCAUCUCCGGACCAGCAGUUGACCACUUCACUAAAACCAGCUGCCCACAACACUGGCGGUUCACUACCUGACCUGACCAACAUCCAGUUCCCUCCUCCACUGCCCACCCCGCUGGACUCGGAUGAUGCUGCAGCCGCCUCGUUCAGCUCCUCUAACAGCACACUGGCGAACACACAAGGAGUGAACACCUCUCAGCCCACAGUAACCAUGGAAAUGGAGCCUGGGCAGGACAACAUGGUUCCUCUCAUCCUGAACACAGGAGAUUCCCACCAGCACCAGAACCUGCAGCUCUCCCCGACAUCUCCACCUCUCACUCUCUCUCAGGCGGCCAUCAACGCCAUGAACCUCGAGCAGCAGCUGUCCCAGUAUGCCUUCUUCAACCAGCAGCCGUCGUCCCAGACCCACCAGAGCCAGCAGCAAACAGGCCUGGUCCAGCUGCCGUCCUCCGUGAACUCCUGCUCCACGUCAGACAACCAGACCUCCUCUCAAGCCAACAUGACCAUCGACAUGAACACGGCCUCCCCCCUCCAACAGUACCGCAGUAGGGUUGGAUCCUCUGCCAAUCAGUCUCCAACCUCCCCUGUCUCCAAUCAAGGCUUCUCACCUGGCGGCUCGCCUCAACAUAACUCCAUACUGGGCAGCGUGUUUGCAGACUUCUACGACCAGCAGCUCCCUUCCAUUCAGGCCAGCGCUCUCUCUCAACAGUUGGAGCAGUUCAACAUGAUUGAAACCCCCAUCAGCUCCGACAGCCUGUACAACCAGACGUCCACCCUCAACUACUCCCAGGCACUAAUGAUGGGUUUGACUGGUGGCCACUGCAACCUUCAGGACUCGCAGCAGCUGGGCUACAGUAGCCAUGGCAACAUCCCCAACAUCAUUCUCACAGUGAGUGGAGAAUCUCCCCCCAGCCUGCCCAAGGACCUGACUGGCUCCCUGUCCACAGACGUCAGCUUUGAUGUCGACUCCCAGUUCCCACUGGACGAUCUGAAAAUCGACCCACUGACGCUCGACGGCCUGCACAUGCUCAAUGACCCAGACAUGGUCCUUGCUGACCCAGCCACAGAGGACGCGUUUCGCCUCGACCGGCUCUAACGGCUCUACAUGCUCAUGCACAGGUUCGCCAACGCCGCUGCCCUGGGCGGGGAGCAGAUUUCUGGAGCGCGUCGGUCGAGGCCCCGUCUGGGCAGAGCUGUCAGUUCGACACCAAUCGGCACAAUCAAAACCCCACAAGAGAGCUUUUUUAAAGAAACAUCAUUGCAGGAAAACGCAUUGACUGUUGCCAGCCUCCCUUCUCUUCAGAACCGGAAGAUGGUUUAUGACUUAUGACAUUUGAGUUACGGUAUGAAUCCUGUACACUUCUUUUUGCUAAUGACACAUCCAUUUUUGAUUUAUUAUAGAUGCCUAGUUUUUAUGAAUAUUGCUUUGUGGAAACUUGACAAAAAUAUCAUGGGGGCGUAAGGAACCUGAUCUCUUAUUCUCUAUCAAUGAUUGAUAAAACUCUAUCUGCAGAGCAAACCCUAAACAAACCACAGUACACCACACACCCGUCACGUAGCUUGAUGACUCAGAGGAAACACCUCUUGGUUUGGUUUGUGAAGUUUUAACCUCCCUCUGUGCCAAGCUGGUUGUUCAAGCGCCAAUCCCUGUUUGAUUUGUUGUAGAAGCCAAAGUCACACCUGGUUUGAUUUUAUCCCAAAUUUCCUCUUAAGUUAUUUUUAGGAAAUGCUGAAGUUUGAUUUCACCAUAGUAAAAAGCGGUUAUGCAUGAAAUCACAAAUCACUGUGCAUACUUGUUUUGCCUUAAUAGCUUGACAUUUUGGUUUUUCAUGCAAAGAUGACUAUUAUGUAAGUGAGAAAAAAAAUACUUUAAUGGCUGAAUCAUUUUUACUGUUUUACAGGCGGUUUGGCCAACAUCAUUCACAGUUGCAUUACUGUAGUUGUACUUUAAAGGUGUGCUGAUCUUUA